CAGCCAGCAGAAAAAAACAAAACACAACAAACCACAACAAUCCAACGGCGAAUGGCGUCGGGAUUGUACAGUAAACAAGCAAGGUUGGUGCCGACGAAAACGGACGAAAAAUGGCUCGGCGUAAUGUGUGGAGCGGUGAGGAGACGAUGGAGCUGCUCGAGAUUAUCAAGGAGCAUAACUUUAUGCAGCUGUUCGCAUCCGUCAGCCGUGGCCAGAAGGAUUACCAUGUGUACCGACUGAUAGAGGAAGAAAUGCAGAAGAAUGGCUUCGGUGGCAAAGACGCAGGACAGAUUUAUCACAAGUGGAAAAACCUGAAGCGAGCAUUCUAUCAGUCGAAAAAGUUGAACAAGGGGCGUGCCAUCUGUGAGUUCGCCGAAGAGCUGGCCGAUAUACUGGAGAAACCGUGCGCCAUGAAGCGCCGCGAGCCAGAUCCACCAGCUGAACCGGUGGAGGGUGAACCAGCUCCGGUAAAGAAGCGAAGCAACACUCAGAUCAAAACGAUCCGCAGUCAAAUUGUGACGAAACUUGCCAAAGCGCAAAACGAUAACUGUGAAGAGUUCGCCAAAAAGUGGAACGAUCUCAACGAUUACGAGUUCAAGCUGUACAAACGGAAGGAAAAGGAACAGACCGCCAUCGUGAACCGUUUGCUGGAGGACAGCCGUACGACGCUGAUGAGUCGCUGCAGGGAUAUACUGGCCGGGCGGGAGAUAAAGAUAAACGAAAUCGGCGAAGGCGAGGAGGAGGAGGACGACCCCUUAAACAUAAUUGAAAUAGAGACUACGGACGUGGAGGUUGCACCUGGGGAGGAGGGUACGGUUAAGGAUUUUUUAAAUUCGGUCAAGUUCGAAUAAGCCGACGGGACGUGUUUAGACAAUAAGUUUUGUGACCGCAAUUCGGUAAUAAAUGCAAACGGCCCGAAAAAAGAAAGAUGGCCAAAGGUUCAAA